UUCUGCCAUGUUACAUUCUCCGAAUAAUGUUUGCGCCCUUCUCGUAUUCCCGAUGAUAUCAAUCCCUUAACUGAUCUGUAUAUGUAUACGGAAUAUGUGGAUAUAAAUACCAGCUUCACCUUGCCUUCAAUUCCGUUAAUUCUCCAACUCUAUUACAUCACCACCGCAAUCCAACCCCAGAAAAUAAUCCCCCCGCCCCACUGUUGAACCGCAAGAAAAUACCCCGUACAAAAAACACCAACAACCAAAAACAUCAACAUGACCGACCCAACCCACUGGCUCCCGCUCACCACCUCCAACGUCCUCGCCGCCCACGACCUGGUCAAGCCCUACAUCCACGAAACCCCAAUCCUAACCAGCAAGACCCUCAACCGCAUCGCCUCCACGCCGCAAGCGGCCGAAGCGCUCGUCGGCACGCCGUUCGAGGGCCAGCCGCCCGCGCAGCCGAAGAUAAACUUCUUCUUCAAAUGCGAGAAUCUGCAGCGGAUAGGCGCGUUUAAGGCGCGGGGCGCGUUCCAUGCGCUGUUGCGGGCUGUGCAAGUAAUGGGGGAGGAGGAGGUGAGGCGGCGGGGGGUUGUUACGCAUAGUUCUGGAAACCACGCGCAAGCCCUCGCCCUCGCGGCCUCCACCCUCUCCAUCCCCGCCUACAUCGUCAUGCCCUCGAUCUCCACCCCGUCCAAAAUCGCCGGCACGCGCUCCCACGGCGCCAAAGUGAUAUUCUCCGGCUCCACCAGCCAGGAGCGCGAAGCCGUCGUCGCCACCGUCAUCGCCGAGACGGGCGCCAUCCUCAUCCCGCCCUACGACCACGCCGACGUCGUCUUGGGCCAGGGCACGGUCGCCGUCGAGCUGGAGAAGCAGGUGCGGGAGCUCGUAGACACGGAUGCGGGGUUGAGUGUGCAUCCUAAAGAGAGAGGAGGAGGAGGAGGAGGAGGAGGAGGAGAAGGCGGGAGGGGCAGGCCCGGCGUGCUCGACGCGGUGAUCACGCCCCUCGGCGGCGCGGGCUUGACCUCCGGCGUGGCGACGUAUUACUCGACGCGGACGCCCAAGACGCUCGUGUUUGGGGCGGAGCCGUCGUUCCAGGGUGGCGACGACUGCCGGCGCGGGCUGGCGGCGGGGGAGCGAGUUACGAGCGUGAAGACGCUGACGAUUGCGGAUGGGCUGCGGACGCCGGUGGGGGAGGUGGGGUGGAGUGUUGUCUCUGACAAGGAGAAGGUGAGGGGUGUGUAUGCGGUGAGUGAGGGGCAGAUUCUGGCUGCGAUGCGGCUUGUGCUGGAGAGGGUGAAGGUUGUUGUGGAGCCGUCGGCGGUGGUGGGGUUGGCGGUUUGUUUGUUUGAUGAAGGCUUUCGGAGGAUGGUGGUUGAGGAGUGUGCGCGGGAGGGGAAGGAGGGGUGGGAUGUUGGAGUUGUGUUUUCAGGGGGUAAUACGACUGUGGAGAGGAUUGGGGAGUUGUUUAUGGGCGGGGAUAAGGAGGAGUGAGAUGUAGAUGUUGUGUACAUACUACUAGUAGUAUAUGCACAGAGACAGUAUAGACGUAGAGGGCCUUUUAAUAGCCAUAUAGUUCAUAGUUCAUAUAUACAUAACAUAACCGGUUAUUUAGUACACCUCGUUCUAUCCCUCC